UAGAUGAGGUUGUUGUUUUAAAAACGGGAAAGUGCUAGAGAACAUGCAUCACUUUAUAGCGAUGAACCUGCUAGAAUGAUGGGCAAAUCAAUGUCAUUUAAAUCCAGCAACUCUGGACGGUUAAAUGUUGGGGAAUCAAAAUUUAAAUUGCUAUCAUCUAAAAAUCAUCAUGUUCAAGAUCUGAAAGGAUCAAAACAAGUUAAAGAGAUGAUAUCAUUAGAAAGGAAAAAAAAUCUCAAAAUCAUACCUCUCUAGUUCUACUGUUUCGACACCUAAGGUUGAUCAGAAACUGACAGCUCGCGCUGAUGUAAUUUCUCAUUCAUCUCCAAUCAACCAACAGGGAAACUAAAGUUGUUCAGUCUGAUGGAAGACCAAAUACCUUAUCAAGGUCAACCAGCAGUCUAGCUCGUAAAGGUGUUGAACAUGCAGUAUCUUCUGCUGUUUUGUCCACCAAUGGAGACAUUUCUUCUGAACAGAAAUUAAACCAUGUGAACCUGACGGAGGAACCCUCAUCAAGUUCUUCACUGACGUUUGAGAGGCAACCUAGUAACAUUAAUGGAGAUAUGUCAUAUGGCCUAUAUCAGUUAAUAGAUUCAACAAACCAGAGUGAGAAAUCAAGGGAGAGUUCUGUUAGUCAAUCCUCCAAAAGAGUUCCAUGUCUAAAAUGCAAAUGAAUGGGUCAUGCUGCUGAAUAUUGCUCAGUCUUUCUGGCUUCUGGUGCUGACCAGUCUGCUCCUAGAACCUUCUCCAGAGGAGAUAAAUAAAGGCAAUAAGUUGAAAGCUGCAGUUGAGGCAGCUAAACGAUUGAAGCCUGGAAUAUGUGAAAGAACUUCUCAAGAUCAAUCAUCAGUUUGCAAUAAGGCAAAGAUUGUGGUUUCUGUUGAAUUUACGGAUGAACGGCAAGCAAAUCUUUGCAAUCAGGCUUCCACUGGUGAUACGAAGCUGCUUAAUUCACAUUCCACUGAUGCUGUCUCUGUAGUUUCUUCUGCUGGUGAACUUUCAAUGAGAGAUAUACAUGCCCCUCCUUCAGCCAGAACAUCUGAUGUCUCAAAGAUGUCAGCCAUCCUAGAACAUGAAUACAUCUGGCAGGGCGCUUUUGAUGUGAAUAAGCUUGGAAAACCUCCCGACUUUUGUGGUGGUAUUCAGGUCCAUAUCUCAACAUUGCAUCACAUAAAGUGCUGGAGGUUGUCAACACUUUUCCCCACAAGGUUUCCUUGACCGAAGU